CUUUCCCUUUUCUCAAAUCACUUUCUUCUUUAUGAAUCUAAGAACAAAUCCUUGCUUAUUUUCGGAGUGGAGAACUAUAUAUAUAUAAACCCUGAAUUUUAGAUCUUAGCUAAUAGCUAGUAAAAAGGCUACAGUUAGUUAUAAAACCAGAAACCUAAACAAUCAUAGCGAUUUACGGCCCGAAAUGGAUGAACAUGGAGCUUCGUCAUCCAGGAAACGAAGAUCUCUGUACCACAAUCUAGGAGGAGGACACUUUGCUGAUGUAAUGUUCUGGAAGAACAAGAAAGAGUCGGGAACAAUCUUGGCGAUAUUCACAUUGAUAUGGUUCUUGUUUGAAGUGGUCGAAUAUCCUUUCAUCACUUUCAUCUGCCAGAUCCUAUUGGUCUCCAUUUUUAUAUUCCUCAUUUGGUCUUACAUUGGCUCUUCACAACUAAUUCAGCGGAAACCACCAAGUAUUAACGAUCUAAAGAUUUCGGAAUCAACUUGGAGAUUCUUGUUCAACAAGAUCAAUUGGUUCAUCAUCAAAUUGUAUGAAAUUUCUAGUGGAAAAGACUUCAGACUCCUGGUUUUGGCCGUUGUUUCACUAUGGAUAUUAUCAGUGGUCGGAAACUAUUUCAGCUCUCUAACUCUUCUAUACAUCGUAUUCGUGGCUCUGGAGACGAUACCGAUGCUGUAUGAGCUAUACGAAGAAGAGCUGAAUUAUGCAGCAAGUAAAAGCGGGAGGGACAUGAAGAAGCUAUUUAAAGACUUCAACUCUAAAGUCAUUAACAAGAUCCCUAAAGCUAAUGCUAAAACUAGGAGGCAUAUGUAAAUUUAUAUCAAUCUUCUGAAUUUGUACAUAUUUCAUAUUAAAACUGAUAAUAAGUCUUCGUUCAAGUAA